GUGACGUCGUUACAGCGUAUCGUCCACGUAGCGUUUCGAGCAUUUCGUAGGAUACGUCGUAGUGUCAAACGGCAUUUCUUGCGAUAUACUCGAGUAACGUGUAACAUUCUCAUUUGCAAUGGAUCAAAUCAAGAAACUCACUGAGCCUGGCCGCCAGUUUGCCAAGGAUAGCAUUCGUCUUGUUAAAAGAUGCACCAAGCCAGAUCGCAAAGAAUUUCAAAAGAUUGCAAUUGCCACUGCAAUCGGUUUUUGCAUAAUGGGUUUCAUAGGAUUCUUUGUCAAGCUAAUUCAUAUCCCAAUUAACAACAUCAUUGUGGGUUCAUAAAAUUAUAUCCUGAGAUUCUUAUUCUUAAGGAAAUUAUUUUAAGGUUCUAUAAGACUACUUCCGUUGUUGUACGUUCAUCCCGAUUCUUAUUUAUAAUUCAAAAAUAUGUUUACUGCGUACUGAAUUGAUUUUGCGAGUGAGACAGGUGAGAGAUGUGUGUGCAUAAUAUAUUGAGUUUUCUAAUAAAAUAGUUAUGUAAAAUCAUGAA